AUGGGCGUGAACAUGAGGUUGAGGCUGAAGGAGACUGGAGACGAACCCGACAUGACUACGAUGUCUGGAGAACUGAAGCUGCUGAAGAGAGAGAGACCUUCUGGAUCUGACGAGCCCCGCCCCCUGCUGGUCACCAUGGCGACGCUAGCCUUCGAAGACUACUCUCUGUACAGUGACCUCUCAGACGACGAACUCCUGCAGCUCGCCAUCCAACGCAGUCUGGAGGAAGGCCACCAAUCAGACGCCCCGCUGCUGCCCGAGACUCCACCCCCUCAAGACAUCCAGCCAAUCAGGGCGGCCCGCAAUUCCCAGCACCAGAACGCUCUCGCUAUCAGAAGAAACUCCACCCCCCAGAAUGCACCUGUGCCCGAGGUCGCUCACUACAGCUCUCCCAACCCGCCCCGUGAGAAGCCCCCAGACCCGAAGACGUUUAAUGGGACCAUCAGCCACUUCCUGACGGGAUCAGGGAGGAAGAUGGUGACGUACCGCAAUCUGGACGAUACCAUCGCCUACAUCGGCCCAGAGCCUACAGAAGACGAGGAGCCCAUCUUUUUGGCGAUCCGAGAAGGAGACGCAGCUCGAGUGAAGGCCUUGGCUUUACAACCAGGGACCAACCUUCUGCAGCCCAGUAAACCCGGCUGGCUGCCCAUCCACCAGGCGGCAUGGUUCGGACAGACAGAGUGUCUCAGGGCCCUCAUAUCAGCGCCUGUCCACGGUCGAACCCCAGCCCAGAGCCCCGAGUGGAGUCAACAAGAAGCCCCGAACGAACCCGUAGGAGCCCCCGGGGGUGAGCGGAGUGAGGGGGACGAUCUUACUUCACCAAUGCUGCACCGACUGACCAGAAGAGCCUGUUGUGGGCCAAGUACCACGAUAUGA